AAAGAAGGUCAAUCGACGACGUCAAGCAAAUCGUCGCCAAAUACAACAAUUCAUAAAAAGCAGCCAUGAGGCGAUUGGCAAGAUUACGACCCGCCUCGGGGCUCCUGGCGCAGGCGCAGCCCCAGACACCCUCGAUCGCCAGCAACAUUCGAUGCCUUGCCGCCGCCCAGAGCACCAGCAACAGCAGCACCAGCCGUACUUUUUCCACAAGCCCGCCGAGGCCACUACGGAGCAGCCGGGCGCAAUGUCAGAAGGAGGAGGCUCCCGUUGCAGAGGUCAUUGCAGAAGCUGUCCCUGUUGAGACCUACGUACCAGAGCCGACAUUCGUCCUGCCGCCGGAACCUGAAUGGGCACCUCAUGCCGACUCGGUGCCGGACCCGAACUACAAGCCCGCUUCAUCCCUGGACGAACUGCAAGAGGUCGGCGGCCUGGAAGGGUGGUGGGAGGUUGAAGAGCACUGGAACGGCACCAAGCCGGCCUUCACGCCCUUUUUCGCCGGCAGCCACAAGAUCUGGGACGCCAAGCUGCUCGAGGGCAUCGCGAGGAGGGCGGUCGCCGAGGCGCUGGUCGUUAGGGAGGCGAUUGAGCAGGGUGUCGAGGUGCCGAGGACGUGGGCCGUCGGCGACAAGGACGCCGCCGUGAGGGCCAUGACGCUCAAGAUUGAGGUGGACGCCGAGAGGGAGCCCAAGGCGUGCAACGAGGUCGAGGCCAAGGCGGUGCUCGAGGACAUUAUUCGCACGGGGGAGGUCGCUGCCCCUUUGACUGAACAGGUCGAGGGGCGUGAGCUGGUUGCUGGUAUGGAUUCGGCGGAAACGGCUCAGGUUCUUGAGACCGUUGGCAAGCAAUGGAAAGAGAUUGCUCUGACAGACCUGAAGUUCAAGUUUAUGGUCACGAAGCGUAUCCAGCAACUCUCGGGUCACAUUCUGACCGACCACAAGUACUGGGGCAAAGGACACGUCGAUUCCCUCGUCAAAAGCCUCAUCAAGAGGCCUAGGCCGGCCAAGCUGGCAGACGAACUCAAGAUGAAGUCGGAGCUGCUGGACCUGCCCAACGUCAAGGUUCACGACCGCCGCCACACUCGCGUCGACAAGCACAAGGAAGCAGGAAGGUGGAAGGUCAUCGUACGGGAGCUCGAGAAGCGCAACCUCCCAGUUCUUGGGGAUGGCAAGUACGGAAGGAGCGUGGAAAGGAGCUGGAUUAUGGGCGGAGCCUAGAAAGGAUUUUCUUGUGGGCUUUGCGGCUAUGGGAUUAUCUUGAUGCGGGUUCCGGCUGUCUGUACAAAACAUCCUACCAAGAGACAUCGCGUUCCAUAUGUCAAUGGAACAUUGUAUAGGGUAAUUGUAACAUAUAUAGAGUGUUUCAAUAGAAACUUCAUGUCACCAA